UGUUAUGGUCGGAAAUAAGAACCGGGGUCGUCCUCUGAGCUGAGGUUUUAGUCGCCCUUCAACGGAGAAACGGUGCUUUUCUUGUCCAUAACAGACACCAGCCCAACGUAACCAUGGCAGGGACAAUUGCACGGAAAGCUAUUGACCAUCUGAAGAGCAAAGAGUUCAGGGAAUAUUUGACAAGGUAUCAUUUCUGGGGUCCUGUAGCAAACUGGGGUCUUCCCAUAGCCGCCAUCGCAGAUAUGAAAAAGAGCCCAGAGAUUAUCAGUGGCAGGAUGACCUUUGCUCUGUCUUGCUAUUCACUGCUCUUCAUGAGGUUCGCCUACAAGGUACAGCCACGCAACUGGCUACUGCUUGCUUGCCAUUUGACCAAUGAGUCAGCACAGCUCAUCCAGGGAAGUCGUCUCAUCAAAUACAACAUGGAGAAGAAGAAGUAAUCUUAGUGGCAGAGGGAAGCGGAUGCAGAACAUUCACUGCAGAGUGGCAUCAUGCUGCUCCAACAGCCGCGUUCACCUGAACAUCAAAACUAAUCCAUACAAACAUCUUAUCUCAUCUUUUCAACUGUGCCACUUGCCCCACCUCUUAACCUAUUGUCACCGUGAUUGAUCAUCUUCUUGCAUUUUUACAACACGGAAACAGAUGAUGCUUUUCCUCCUAAGAAUUCAGGUCAACUGCUAUGUUUUUUUGUCGUUGCAACAAUCAAUUUUAACUCAAAAAUAUGAUGUGGGUGAAUGUACACUUGGCUAACUUGCCUGACAGUUCACUGGCUGUUGGGCAUUUUCAGAAAAUAAAUCUUUAGUCAUCAAUUAUCUUAUUUGAGGUCAUCAGCAUUAUUAUUUCUAUUACUUUCUUACCUGCUUAGUAAUAUAAAUAAUAAUGUUAUUUAAUUAAAUUAUUAACCUUUACUUAAACAUGGAGGAUAUAAAGAGAGCUAAGCUUUAGUUUGUUGUGCAAAAUGUUAUAAUGUACAAUAAGAACGGUGUGCCUAGAGGACCCAAUCUGGCAUGAUUUUAUGAAAGUAUAAUAAAUAAGACAAGCUGUUUCUAUCAGUGCUGACCAAACAUGUACUGUGUGUUGUAUGUCUAUGUAGUUCACAUUCAUUUAUUGCCAUUGUAUAAUUCAUAUUUUUCCCUGAUUUAAUUAUUUGAUUCUAUGGGUUUGUUCGAAUAAACUGGAUAUAAGCAACUUGAACAUAA